AUGAUGAAUAAUAAUGACCAAAAAGGGUGGGAUACUCCUUUCAAUCCUCCACUGGAGAGAUAUGCCAUAUUUGGAUCGGUAUAUAAACUAAUCCAAUUCUUGCACUUAAAUCCCGGAUUUAUUCCCAAAGAAAUAUCGUUCGAUUCACUAGACGAUUUAAUUCUAUUGAGUAGUUUUCAUGAUGAGAUCUUAACGAGGGUGGGGAGUAUUCGGAUAUGUGAACGUCGAGAUGGGAUUCAAUUAUCAGAAGAAGACAGGCUCAAAAUAAAACAAAUCCAAUCAUUUCCUUAUAAUAUAAAUACACAACUGUAUAUCUAUGACUCUGGGCAAUAUUAUUGUGAUGAUAUUUAUUUCACACCCCAUUUGAAACAUCUAGAAAUCCCCACCGGGAGAAUCCAAGACCCAAGGAGUUUUUUCCUGAGAUUGUGUGGAUUGGUUAGUUUAAGUCUGGAUGAGUUUAUAUAUUUCAAUAGUGGGGAUUUGCCUCCUGGGUUGAGAUAUGUUUCUUUGACGAGUCUUGCGUUUAGACAUCGGAAUAAUUUCGAAUUGAUUAUGCCCGAUAGUGUUACUCAUUUGGAGAUUAGGAAUGCAUUACCGAUUUCAACAUAUUUGAAUAUGACGAAUUGUAAGAAUGUGGAAUAUUUACAGAUCAUAAAUGGGAAAUUUAAGGAUAUGGGAUAUUUCAUAUUUCCCCGGAAAGUUGUUUCAUUAAAUUUAAUUAAUUGUGAAAUUGAACGAUUUGAUGAUUUUAGAACAAAUAAUGAGUUUGUGUGUUUAAGAUCUCUAAAGAUAACUGGAUUAUUUGGCAAGAUAUUUUAUUAUACUUUCUUCAAUACUGAAUUCCCCAAUUCAUUAGUGGAUUUAUAUUUCAGUAAUAGAUUCCAUCCGAAUAAUAUCGAUGAAGAAUCAAGAGUAAUGGUGUAUCGAUAUCCAAAUUCAUUCGAUACAAAUGGAAUAUUUAGAUUAGAUGGCAGACAUCAAUUACCGUCUAACUUAAAAACGCUAUACUUAAGAUGUCCUGGGAUAAGGAUUGAAAAUGAUUGGAAAGUUCCCCAAGGAAUUAAGAAAUUAGAAUUAUUAAGAUUUCAAGGUAGAUUUAAUAUUAGAGAUUUUAUUCAUGCUUCGCAAUUGGAGAAUUAUAGAAUUGAUGAUAUUAAAUUGGAAAUCAUUCAUUAA